AUGAGGUUCCUUAUAUUGAGCGCCACGAUAAUAUGCAAAUUGGCGGUUCUCUCAUUCGUGCAAACUAUUGUCUGUUGCGCUGCAGCGUCGUCGCCUUACGUCCUCUCCGACCUCGAGCUAAGCGACGUGGCGCUGAUUCAACCACCUGUAAACGAGUGCUUUCAUCCUCCUCGCGACCAGUGCACCUUUUACGCAGAUUGCCUCGAGGCGAGGUACUACUGUGGUUCGUCCGGCUACCCAAUGGGUUACGGAACCAAAUUCUGCAAUAAAUUCAGCUCUUCUCGAGACGAGUUCUCGGAGGGAGGACAGAAAUGGAUGUUGGACACCAUGGAAUGCUUGCAGGGGGCAUUGGUGCCUGAGGCUACAGGGGCCGUCAAUACGACAUGUCAGAAACUUGAAGACAAGGCAUUCGCAUCGCACCCGAGGUGUUAUCUGUCCAGUGGGUUGUGUAAGCUUCCUGUGUCUGACUGGUUGGAGAUCGUGAAGGUUGUUCAGUUGAAAACACUCUUUCAGAAUUGGGAUGCGUUCAAGGGGACUGUGGAAGCAGCUGAGGGGUGUCUAGAGUUCUACGCGUUCCUAUUGCAUAUUGGAGGACUCUAA